UCGGUUUGGCAGUCAUCCUUACAUCACUCUUUCCGUACGGACCCUAUUCGACUGGACUGUACUUCGUGUCGUUCGUCUUCUGAGUGUUUUGUCUCGUGUGUCCUAAGUUAUAUAAUUUAAGAAGAUAUGCAACCGAUCGAGCAUAGUGACUCAUUUAUGGCCCUCGGAGAUCACCGCGUCAUCCCUCGAGUGGAUGUCGUUUACCUGACCUACAAUGCCAAAAGAUCACAACCGUCGAUCUCGUUGGACAAUGUUUGUACUAUUAGUUUGUACGAGCUGAAGAAGGAUCGACUGACGAAAAAGAACCUAAGGCUUUCGAUGAGCGUCGAUGCUUAUAAACAUUACACUUGGUACAACACGGUCCUCUCGAACCAGCUGAAAAAGGACGGCGGACCGAUGCUGCUGCGGACCUUCCACUGGUACAUUGAAUCGUCGAACGUGGACGCCUUCAUGGUGGACGAUGAACUGUACGAAGCCGUUUCGCUGAUUAUCGAGGCGGAUGUGGAGCACUGGUACUGCGCCCGGCCCGGGUGGAACAUUUCCGGCAGCCGGGUUCGGCUGCGGAACAACAAAUGGGAGCACGACUUUGCCGCGAAGGCUAAAGAGCGGAUAGUGGACUGUUUGGUGCCGGCGAGCCCACCGGCCAACAUGCGCAAACAGAACCGGCGGGUUCGCCCCAAAAGCAUUUCACUGUGUACGAUCAACGAAGAGUGACGGCGGAGGCGAAAUGAAACGACUACACUGCUACUUCUUUCUGUUGUGAUCCAUGUUCUUCUCUCCGAUGAAGAGUUUUAUUUUUAUAUUCAACUUUCUGCUUGUCAAGACAUUGUAACAUUUCUCAUGUCGAUUUAUUUAUGUUGCACAAACAAUUAUAAUUAAU